UUUCAUGUUCUAUGGGCUGGAAAGCCCCUUUCAGAGGGUCUUCAAAUCUAAUAAGGAAAUUUUGUUUGUAGAACAUGAAUGAUUAAGUUUGUUGAACUUGAGCAUAGGCGUUGUGAGAGUUCUAGCUAAUGAAUAGCCUAACUUAGCAGGCGUAAAAUAAACAAACAAUCUUAAUCAUAUUUAGAUGGUCGUCCGCGCCAGGGUAUCAAUCAGCUAGCCUGGCUCUUUGUGUGCGCAUGUUUUGUUUGUGUUGAACAGUUCUCGUGGCUUGUUAGAUGAUUUGCAAUGUGUUAAUGUCAAUAAGAUUAUAGUGCAUACGGUGCUUAUUUUUACUGAAAGGUUAGGGAAAGUGGCCUCUAGACGUUGCAAAGUGACAAAUACAUAAGGAGUUUGAAGAGGAGAUGGGAAAUUGUCUAAAAUCUCCAACCUCGGAUGACAUUUCCUUGCUUCAAGAAUCACAAUCGGAUAGAGCUAGUUAUGGUGACGGGGCAGAUACAGACCAGGAACCACCGCCACCAUACCAGCAGGAGCUGCCAGUGUACCACCCCACGCCCAGUCAGGCCCGCAUGGCCAGCCAGCUGACUGAGGAAGAGCAGGUCCGCAUUGCCCAGCGCAUUGGCCUCAUCCACCACCUCCCCAAGGGAGUGUACGAUGCUGGCAGGGACGGCUCCGAAAAGAAAAUUAGAGAGUGUGUGAUUUGCAUGACGGACUUUGUGUAUGGGGAUCCCAUCCGGUUCCUGCCAUGCAUGCACAUCUACCACAUGGACUGUAUAGAUGACUGGCUGAUGCGUUCCUUCACCUGCCCCUCCUGCAUGGAGCCAGUGGAUGCUGCGCUGCUCUCCUCCUACGAGACCAACUGAGACACAACACCACUCCCCUCACCACCACCCCUGCUCGCUGUUCUGACUUACUCCCUUACUCCACCCAUGCUUCCAUCUACAGCACCCCCAMAACCAGCAGACAGCACUUCCAACAGCCUGGAGAACCAGGGUUUCUGGGGGCAAGUGAGGGCUGUGUGGUGGUGAUGAAGGGUGCUGUGGAGGCCAUGGCUAAUCCAGAGAGGGGUCCUUUGCUCUGAGCUGGCCAGGUCUGCUGGACAGGAAAGCCCC